CCCGGUUCCCGGUCCCGGCGCCCCGGUGCGCUGCAUGGACUGGUACAUGAUGAACUGCGAGCUGCUGGCGACCUGCAGCGCCCUGGGCUACCUGGAAGGGGACGUGUACCACCGGGAGCCCGACUGCCUGGAGAGCGUCAAGGACCUGAUCCGGUACCUGCGCCAUGAGGACGAGACGCGGGACGUGCGGCAACAACUGGGGGCGGCCCAGAUCCUGCAGAACGACCUGCUGCCCAUCAUGGUGCAGUACCCGCAGGACAAGGUGCUUUUCGAUGCCGUCAUCAGGUUGAUGGUGAACCUGACGCAGCCGGCGCUGCUCUGCUUUGGCAAAGUGCCCGCGGACGCCGCCUCCCGGCACCACUUUCUGCAGGUCCUGUCCUACCUGCAGGCUUACAAAGAGGCGUUCGCCAGUGAGAAAGUUUUCGGGGUGCUCAGCGAGAAGCUCUACGACCUGCUGCAGCUGGACUGGGAGCAGCGGCAGGAGGAGGACACACUGCUGAUCGAGAGGAUCCUGCUGCUGCUGCGCAAUGUGCUGCACGUCCCCCCGGACCCCGCGGAGGAGAAGGGUGUGGACGGUGACGCCAGCGUGCACGACCGGGUGCUGUGGGCGCUGCACAUCAGCGGCAUGGACGACCUGCUCAAGUUCCUGGCCAGCGCCCAAACGGAGCAGCAAUGGGCCCUGCACGUGCUGGAGAUCAUCUCCCUCAUGUUCCGUGACCAGAACCCGGAGGAGCUGGCGGCGCUGGGACAGGGACAAGCGGCCGAUGAGCACGGGGAGGACACGCGGGAGCUGGAGACCCUGCGGCAGCGGGAGCUGGCAGAGAAGAGGGCACGAGUGCUGCAGCGCCCGUCCAGGCACUCCCGCUUUGGCGGCUCCUACGUCCUGCAAGGCCUGAAGGCGAUCGGCGAUCACGACAUCAUCUUCCAUAAGGGGCUGCACAACCUGAAGAGCUACAGCCACGACCUGGGCAAGGAGCCGCGGCGGGUGCCGCGGCGGCGUCGGGCGGCCCCCGAGGCCGAGCCCCCCCGGCGCUCCGCCCGCAACGUGCGGCUCUUCCUGCGCCACUUCUGCCAGGAUUUCCUGGAGGGCUGUUACAACCGCCUGAUGCUGCUGGUCAAGGACCAGCUGGUGCGGGAGAAGGCUCAGCAGCACGAUGAGACCUAUUACCUGUGGGCCAGCGCCUUCUUCAUGGCCUUCAACCGGCGGCGCGGCUUCCGCCCCGAGCUGGUGUCCGAGACCGUGGGCGUCCGCGCCUUCCACUUCAUCGAGCAGAACCUCACCGCCUACUACGAGAUGGCGCUGAUGGACAAGAAGGAGGCGGCGACCUGGGCCCGCAGGAUGCACUUGGCCUUGAAGGCGUACCAGGAGCUGCUGCGCACGGUGCAGGAGAUGGACCGGUCCCCCGAGCAGGCGGUGCGGGACAGCAGCCAGGUCAUCAAGAGCAACAUCUUCUACCUGAUGGAGUACCGGCAGCUCUUCCUCACCCUCUUCCGCAAGUUCGACGAGACCAAGCAGCCGCGCAGCUUCCUGCGGGACCUGGUGGAGACGGCCCAUCUCUUCCUCCGCAUGCUCGAGCGCUUCUGCCGCGGCCGCACCGGCCUCGUGGUGCAGAGCAAGCGUGUGCGGAGGAGGAAGAAGAAGCCGGUGGUGGCCGCAGCCCCGGCCCCGCAGCCGCCCGAGCUGGAGGAGCUGUGGGCAGCGCUGGCUCCGCAGCUCCAGGGCUGCCUGCAGGGCGAGGUGCCCCUCCCCGAGGACCUGGUGCCCUUCGACGCCGCCUCGGAGGUGCCGGUGGAGGAGCAGCGUGUGGCGGCGCUGCUGCAAAUCCAGGGGUGUCUGCGGGACGGCCGAGUCCCCCCGGCGCUGCGGCUGCUCCGCGCUGCAAGGGACGUGUGGCCCGAAGGGGACGUGUUCGGAGCCCCCGACGCGGGGCCGGCCGAGGAGACGCGGCUGCUGCGGGAGAUCCUCUUCGCUCCCCUGCCCCAGCCCGCGCCCCCCGAUGCUGAGGAGCCAGAGGAGGAGGAGGAGGAGGAGGAGGAAGAAGAGGAAGAGGCCGUGCAGGUGUCGGAGAAGGAGUUCAACUUCCUCGACUACUUGAAACAGUUUGCCUGCGCCCCCGUGGUGCGGGCGCUGGUGCUGCUGCUGCGGGGGUACGAGCGCAACAGCCCCCGCACCAACCACUGCGCGGCGCGGCUGCUGCACCGCCUGGCCCGCGACCUGCGCAUGGAGGCCCUGCUGUUCCAGCUCUCCCUCUUCGCCACCUUCCACCGCCUGCUCAGCGACCCCGCGGCCGCCGCGCACCAGGAGCUGGUGGCCUUGGCCAAGUUCAUCCUGGGCAAGUUCUUCGCGCUGGCGGCCACCAACAAGAAAGCCUUCGUGGAGCUGCUCUUCUGGAAGAGCCCGGCGGCCGUGUGGGAGAUGACCCAGGGCUACAGUUCCCUGCGCGAGGGCGAGGGGGCUGUCAGGAGCCGGGUGCCCCCCUGGACCCCCCAGGAGGAGCAGGAGCUGCGGGAGCUCUACUGGAAGUACAAGGAGGUGGAAGGCCAGGACGUGGUCUCCGCCAUCCUGGCGCAGCUCCGGGCGCCCGGGCGGACGCGGCGGCAGGUGGUGAAGCAGCUGGUGUGGCUGGGUCUGGCCGCCAGCGCCAGGGACUUCCCGCGGGACAGAAAGGGCACCCGCAUCGUGCUGUGGACACAGGAGCAGGAGGAGGAGCUGACGCGGCUCUUCGAGGAGUUCCAGGGCUCGGAUGACGUCCUGGGGAACAUCAUGAAGCACCUGACGGCGCGGCGGUCGCGGGCUCGCGUGGUGGAGAAGCUGCUGGGGCUGGGGCUGGUGGCGGAACGCAAGGAGCUCUACAAGAAGCGCCGCAGGAAGGGCCAGGGCCCCCCCGUGCCGGGUGCAGCGGGUGCCCCAGCGGUGCCGGCCCAGGACAGCUCGGCAGAGGACGGGGACAGCGAGGAGGAGGAGGAGGAGGAGGAGGAGGAGGAUGAAGAAGGGGAGGAAGGGCCCAUGGAGGAGCACGGGGCGCCCGAGGAAGGAGCCGGGGGGCGCCUGGUUUAUCGUCUGCAUCGGGAAGGCCUGGGGGGGCCCCUGCGGUGGCUGCAGACCUGCCUGCGCAGGACGGCGGGGGACCGCGAGGAGGACGGUGUGUCCCACCCGGUGCCGCUGGUGCCACUGACCGAGGAGAACGAGGACGCCAUGGAGAACCGGCGCUUCCGCGCCCUGCUGCGGCAGCUGGGGCUGCGGCCCCCCGCCAGCGAGCAGGAAUCCUUUUGGCGCAUCCCGGCCGCCCUGACGCCGCAGCAGCUCCGCCGCGCAGCCGCCUCCAUCGCCCACCGCGGCCCUGACCCCCCGGGCUCCCCACAGGGGCUGCUGGAGUCCCCCGGGUGUCCCCAGGACCUGGAUGCAGCAGCAGAGCAGCCGCCGGCCGGGCUGGGAUCGGACUCGGAGAGCGAGGAGCCGGUCCCCGUCCCCAGCCCGGUGCAGCCGGGCACCAAGCGCCGCCGGGAGCUGGACAGCGAGGACGAGGCCGCGGGGAGCUCAGGUGCAGAACCGGCCCCCGCAGCCCCCGGCUCCGAGGAGGAUGAGGCCGAAGAGCCGCAGCCCCCAGGGAGGCGGAAACGUGUCCGGCGCGUGGAGGAGGAAGAGGAGGAGGAUUGAGCUCUCCCUGGGCUCUCUUCUGGGUUUCUGUGGGUUUAAAGCUGGUUUUAAGGGCGCUGUGGAAGCAGGCGGCUCUCAGCCCUCUCGCCUUCCAUGGUGGUUUUACCCCAAACUCCUUUCUUCUUUCAGCUUAUUUUUUCUCUGAUACCUUUUAAAUCUGGAAAGAGACCAAAUAAAUAAACGCAGCUCUUG